AUGGAACAAGGCUUCGAGAAGAGACGUGUAAUGAGGAGGUCCUCUGCACAGUUUUAUGUAUCAGCCGAGGACCAUAUUAAAAACGAGAUGAAGCACGAACGCCAUCUAACUGAGACCUCUCGCCUGACCUCUUCAUGGGCAAGCCUUCGUCUUUCAGGAAACGAAAAACACGAAUCUUCAGACUGCGGAUUUUCUUCUCCUGGCUCAUCAGGAAGCAGUCCUGUCAGUCACCGUCCUAGCUCCUUUAGUGGUCCCCUCAUGAUCUCCGUCACUUGUUCGAGCAGUGGGGGAGUUGCAAGUGCUGUGGUAAACGAGUCUAAGCCGUCAGUCGCAAUUUCUUCAACUCAAGCUAUUGUGUCUUUAUCGCGAUCAUCUUCUUGUUACCCGUCACCGGUUGCCUCCCCAGUUUCUUCCCGCGUCCAGUGUUACUCUCCUGGCAUUGGUCUUGCUACUAAAAAGCGGACGGCCAGUGUGAGUAGUUGUAGCAGUGCGAGUCCGCUUGUUCAAAGCAGUAAUCUUGGAAAGAAACGAGCAUAUAACUGUCUGCAAAAUACGGACACUGCUUCAAGUGCAGAGGGAAGUCGUGAAAGCUCCCCCGAGCCUCCGCGUAUCUUUUCUAGGUUUGGAAAGAUUCUUCGUUCAUCGGAAGUUGUAGUCACUAAUGUAUCUAGUGUUGUCCCGACGUUAUGCUCACCUCCACGCGAUACCAAUAGAUGGACGCCUCCCGUUUCUACACCAUCGUCUCCCUCCCCUAUUUUGCCUGCAACUUUUCACUCCGUCUACUGGUCUGUCGAACUCCCCCAGAUUACCUGUAGGGCUUCCACAGCCGCAGGAGUUGAUUCCGACUGA